AUGGCUGCUACUACUCCUGACGUCUUUAAUACCCCAAUCCCAUACCCACCUAACUGGGAUCCUGCUAUCAAUGGAACUAGUUACCCUAUUUGGGACUUUUUUGACACAGGAAUCACUGAGACCUCUGUUUCUACUCUGGCGCUAAUUUGGGUUCUUGGAGUUGUCUAUCUGCUAAACUUGGCGAUUUUCCCAUUCUACCGUCAUAUCUUUAAUUGCAAUCAAUCACGGGACAAGGGUACGCCAGUAUUCCAAGUCCUCAACCACUCUUAUCAAAUUGCUCGAGCUAUGUUCAUAACUCAAAAUUUAGCGAUUUUUAUUGCUUUGCUGGCUAUAUUCUUACCUGCAUUGUAUCACGUCUUUCAGUGGGUUGCAAUACUUCUACUUUUUUAUUUGGUGGCUGCUGCAGAGGCUAAUCAUUACCUGUUAUCAUUAUUAGCAAUCCAGAGAUUCAUACUGUAUUUCUACAAGGAAAGUGAAAAAUAUCUGACGUUUUCUGACACUACAAUGAAGAGAAUCAUCAAAGUUUGCUAUGGUUUUGUAAUUUUUCAUAUUUUGAGUGAGCCAGCAGUUUUUAUCAAGAAUAAAUAUAUUGGGUUCUGGAUGUAUAUUAGUGUCUACACCACUUCAAAUCUUUUACUUAUUGGAUCAGCAGUAUUUUAUAUUCCAAUUAUUAAAAAUAUUCAAAAACUAAGCCAUCUGGCUUCUGCACAACUUCACAAGCCUCAAAGAUUCGUCCUCUGGCAGAUUAUUUCAAUUGUAUGUGUGAAAUGUAUCUACAUUCCAAUUAUAGUUGUCCUUGGCUUACAGUAUGGAAUGUUUGACGCCGAUGCCAACCUAUUCAGAUACACCCAACUUAUGGUUUUAUGCAAAUCACUUGAUACAUUCACCUUACCAUUGAUAAUUCAAAUGACCUAUUUAGGGUGUAACAGAAAAAAUUUGGAAGCUUUAUUGGCUUCACUGAAUUCUAGAAAUGUCUGGAGAAUAGUUCUGUGUCCAUGCUCUAAACCAAUGGUAGUAGAGCCAGUGACAGAGAAUGUGCAGCAGUUAAGCUCAACGACGGAGGGCAGGAGAUGA